UCCCCUUCCACAAGUCAAGUCACAAAGUCCUCACCUCCACCACCACAACGUUCACUUUCCUAAUCAAGAGAAGAUUACAGAAGAAGAAGAAAGUUUACACAAUAAAAACCCUCCAAUCUUCCCAUCAUUAAGUCAAAGCAAACCUCAAUCACCAUCAUUAAUUGAAAAGUACAAACCACAUUCACUUCCGAAUCGGUCUCUCUCUGUUUGUGUUUGUGUUUGUGUUUGUGUUGUGUUUUUGUUUUUGUUUUUGUUUUUCUCUUCAUGAGUCAUGAAGUCAUCAUCAUCAUCUUCUCUAUCUUCUGAUAAACUUCAUCAGUACUGUAUCAAAAAAGACAAAUGGUUCGACUUGGGUAGUAAACCCUCUCCCUUCUUCCUCUUGUGUUCACUAGGUCUAACCUUAAUUUUUGGUUUCUUCAUCCUCCAUUCUCCAAACCCAUUUAAAGUUCCCAAUCAACAGACUGUCUUUGUCAAACAUCAUCAAAAUGAUGAUGAGAAGUGUGACUUGUUCAAGGGUCACUGGGUACCAGACAUGAAUGGGUCUCUGUACACAAACUGGAGUUGUCCAACGAUCCCAGACUCGAAGAAUUGCUUCAAGAAUGGAAGAGAAGAUGCAGAUUUUGUGAAUUGGAGAUGGAAACCAGAGCAAUGUGAUCUUCCAAGGUUUGAUCCUAAGACAUUUUUGAGGAUUGUUCAAGGUAAAACAAUGGCAUUCAUAGGCGACUCGGUUGCAAGAAAUCAGAUGGAAUCACUUCUCUGUCUCCUGUCCAAGGAAGAAAUUCCAAGAGAAGUUUACAAGGACUCAGAAGACCGGUUCCGAACGUGGCACUUCCCUUUCCAUGAUUUUACUCUCAUGAUCCUAUGGUCCAAAUUCCUGAUAAAAGGCAAGGAGAGAGUGAUCAACGGUUCAAACACCGGCAUUUUUGACUUACAACUUGACAGAAGCGAUGACAAAUGGGCCCAAAAACUUCCCAACAUAGACUAUGCCAUCAUUUCAGAUGCGCACUGGUUCUUCAGAAAACUUUACCUAUACGAAGGCAAUAAUUUAAUAGGUUGUGUGUAUUGCAAUGAACCAAAUGUCACUGAUCAUGGUCUCGGCUUUGCCCUACGAAUGUCCUUCCGUGCAGCCCUCAAUCACAUCGAUCAAUGCGGAGAGUGCAGGAGCAAGAUGGUAACUUUGUUGAGGACUUUUUCACCGGCCCAUUUUGAGAAUGGGGCAUGGGACACCGGAGGAAGGUGUAAUAGGACUAGUCCUUUGGCCGGGGAUGGGGUGAAAUUAGGAGGUGUUGACUUGGAACUUAGAAGAAUUCAAUUGGAAGAGGUUGAAAGGGCAAAGAAGAGAGGGGAGAGGCGAGGAAAGAAAUUUGGAGCGUUGGAUGUGACGGGGGCAAUGAUGGUGAGGCCUGAUGGACACCCGGGAUCUCACUGGGGGAAUAAAUGGAUGAAGGGUUACGAUGAUUGUGUUCAUUGGUGCUUGCCUGGACCUAUUGAUGCUUGGAAUGAUUUUUUGAUGGCUGUGCUAAAAAAGGAGGCUGGUUUAUUGGUAUAAACUUAUAGUCAACAUUCUUGCACAUAUUCCUACAUGAUCUAUACAUAGUCCUGAAAGCUGAGAGAAUUUUUAAUUUUAUUUUUUGGAGCUAAAUAUUGAUAUAUGCUUGUUAUAUUCCAUUACAAAAUAAAGAGGUUUGUACACAUUUUAACGCAAUUCAUCUUAUAAUAUUGUGAAGUUUCUCUGAAAUUAA